ACAUGGUCCAACAGCGCAAAGGAAGCUUCUCUUUCCAACUCAAUACCUCUGGUUGCUGCUCUCUCUUGAGUCCUGCCCAUAAACUUAGCAGUUUUAUAUGGCGACUUCUUCAGCACCUUCUCUGUGCUAUGCAGUUCUGCCAGCUUUGAAGCCGGGUACCCGGUUGUCGGUGCAAGUCAGAGCUCGGAGCUACGGAGAUGAUGGGAGGUCAAGUAACAUGGUGGAUGCCAACUUGAGAAUUCUAAGGGAGAGGAUAGAAGAGGUUAGCAUCAAAGAGAGACUGGAAAGCUGCUAUCAGAGGGGACAUGGAUGGAAUUAUGUGCCUGCCUAUGAUUGCAAACCCAGGAGAUGUGCAGAGAAUUCUAAGCUGUUUGAGCUUUUUGGCUUGGCAAUUGGGACUUUUGGCCUCACCAUAGCCACUGCUUCUCUUUGCCUUUUACUUGUUUCCCUAUUAAUUGGUUCAUCUCUAUCUAUGAACUGAACUGGCUGAAAAGAUAAUGCCUCUCAAGGAGUACAUCUUUCCCAUAAUUCUCCAUGGAUAGAGUGCAUUCUCUAACUUGAAGUUACCGAUCUGUACCAGGCAAUUUUCUUCAAGGCUCUUUCUAAAGGUCAACGUCUGUGUGCGCAUUUUUUCAGUUUCUUUUGUUCGAAGGCAGAACAUAUUGAAUAUAGAAAUUAAUUCCGAAUUGUUGGAUCAAGACUGUUUUGUUUUGUCUCUUAAUGCAAUUUCUAAGUUGUCUA